AUAUUCAAUCGCGUCUCUCUUUUGUUUUUUUUUCCCCUCGUAGAAAAGCACCAGGCCAGGCAAUUAGGCGCAGCCAGCGGGACUCCCGUCACUAGCCACCACAUUCUAGGGCUGCGGUUUUCCCUUUCUUCUUCCAUUCUUCUCACCAUUUUUAGAUUUUGAAUAAAAUUGCUGAUUUUGCCGGUGAUUGAUGGCCGACGAGGAGUAGUGGACAUCAGGCAGCAGGAUACGACAGUUCAAUUAAAAUAGAUGUUUCCUUGCGAAGAGUCUUGGAUUCUUGUUAAUGGGUGCUCCUAAGCAAAAGUGGACAUCAGAAGAAGAAGCAGCACUUAAAGCUGGAGUACGCAAGCAUGGGUCUGGUAAAUGGCAAACAAUACUUAGAGAUCCAGAGUUCAGCAACGUUUUACGUUCACGUUCAAAUGUGGAUCUUAAGGAUAAAUGGAGAAAUAUUAAUGUGACUUUGAGUGGCUUAGGAUCUCGAGAAAAAGCCAGGCUAGCCCUUAAGAGGAAUCCCCAGAUUCCCAAACAUGAGGACAAGCUUUCAUUGGUGAACAAAGUUACAAAUGAUGAAAAAGAUGUCCAAGACGAACCUGUUGUUCCACCCAGUGAAGCAGUUCAAGUUGCUAAUUUGAAGAAAACAUACACAAGGUUGGAGAACCAUAUAUUGGAGGCUAUUACAACCCUUAAAGAGCCCAAAGGUUCUGACAGGACUGCAAUUGCCAUGUACAUAGAGGAUCGGUAUUUGGCGCCUCCAAAUGUCAGUAAACUACUGGCUUCAAAAUUGAAGCUUAUGACUUUGAACGGCCAGUUAUUAAAGGUAAAGCGCAGAUAUAAGAUAUCCAUAAGCUCACCAUUUUCAGAGACCAAAAUAAAUUCUCCAUCAGAUGGUAAACACAAGGAACUUCGUAUGCCUGAAAGAAAGGAUCUUAAGAUUUUUACUAUGUCUGAGGUUGUUGCGGACUUGGAGAAGAUGAAAAGCUUGUCUCCUCAUGAAGCUGCUGCCGCAGCUGCACGAGCAGUGGCCGAAGCAGAAGCUGCUAUAGCAGAAGCUGAAAAGGCAGCAAGAGAGGCCGAGGUUGCUGAAACUGAGGCAGAGGCAGCUCAAGCCUUUGCUGAAGCAGCCAUUAAGGCGUUAAAAUGUCAAAAGCUUUGUGCAUGGUAAAGUUCAUGCUUGAUUUCACUUAAUUGAGUUAUUGUGCAAUUUUGGGUUAGUGUUAAUGCCGGGGGCGGUUUUAUCCAAAGAAGUGAUGGUCAUGUGAAUUUAAAGAACACUCUAAUUGCUUAAUCUUUUAGGAUUCAAUACCACUAAAUAGUCUCAGUUGCAGAUUCUCAAUAAAUUGACUUGUUGGUUGGGUCAUCAUGUCUAAGCUGUGUCUUUGACUGAAUCAUAUGGGAGCUUAGUCUUGCUCUUUUAUGUUUUUCCUUUAUCUUUGACUGCCACUCUGAUGAGCUUCCAGGGGAGGUUUUAAACAUGUUCGACCUCACAGCGCUCCGAAACAUUGGGGGAUUCUACAUUAAAUUACGUAGUAUAUGUUAAGUGUUUAAACAUACAAAAUUGUUGGAAAAAUAUGAAAUUGCAUAGGCCAUUAAAGAAUUUGUCAAUUUUUGCUCUGCCCUUGAGCUUCCUCCAAGUCUAUCAGAACUCGUCAUCACUUGUCAUAUGCACGUGCUUCCUUCUGCUUUGCAAUGCAGUAUUUUGUUUUUACCAGAGCUUUUUCCUUAUCUCGCCUGCUUUCUUAAUCUCUGAUUAUUCCUUUGUUGCCUUUUCGAUGCUUAAAAAACACUCCUAUUUCUCUGAUUAUUGUUGUUCUGGAUUCCUUCUUGAGCAUGUCACAUACUAUUGCCAUCAAGUAGAGGCGCAGCUAUAAGUGGAUGAAGGUUGACCAUGGUCCACCCUCAAAAAUCCAUUAAAAUUGUACUACAUAUGAAGUAUUCUGCCUAAAUUAUUUAAUUCAAGUUUUAAAUGUUAAUAUAUAAAUUUCCGGCCUCUCCCCACUUAAAGUUUUGGCUUCCUAUGUAUUGUAUAUCCGAAACUGAGUAUGGAAUAUGUUUUUCUCAGUAUGAACUUGUUUAGAUAAUGUUGUUUGUAAGAGUAAGUAGGAAAUCCUUGAUUGAUCAUUUCUAUAAUAUUUGUUGAAUCUUGGCAAUAUUGUUUGCUUCCUAUGCAAAAACGUGAGCCAUCCUCCCCCUCUCCCUCCCCCACCUCCCUUCUCGGGCGUCUCUCUGAUUCUGUGUACAACCAUUGUUUAUGUUUGCA